AUGGGUUUGCUCAUUUUAAAGGGUGGAAAAUCACCACUGUUAUCUCAAAAGAAACAUACUCGAGAAGAGAAACAUACUCGAGAAGAGAAACAUAUUCACGAAGGGAAACAUAUUCACGAAGAGAAUCAUAUUCACGAAGAGAAACAUAUUCACGAAGAGAAACAUUUUCACGAAGAGAAACAUACUCGAGAAGAGAAAUAUAUUCACGAAGAGAAACAUAUUCACGAAGAGAAACAUACACGAGAAGAGAAACAUAUUCACGAAGAGAAACAUUCACGAAAAGAGAAACAUAUUCACGAAGAGAAACAUAUUCACGAAGAGAAACAUUUUCACGAAGAGAAACAUAUUCACGAAGAGAAACAUAUUCACGAAGAGAAACAUAUUCACGAAGAGAAACAUACACGAAAAGGGAAACAUAUUCACGAAGAGAAACAUAUUCACGAAGAGAAACAUUUUCACGAAGAGAAACAUACACGAAAAGAGAAACAUAUUCACGAAGAGAAACAUACACGAAAAGAGAAACAUAUUGACAAAGAGAAACAUAUUCACGAAGAGAAACAUAUUCACGAAGAGAAACAUAAUCACGAAGAGAAACAUAUUCACGAAGAGAAACAUAUUCACAAAGAGAAACAUAUUUACGAAGAGAAACAUUUUCACGAAGAGAAACAUACUCGAGAAGAGAAACAUAUUCACGAAGAGAAACAUAUUCACGAAGAGAAACAUAUUCACGAAGAGAAACAUAUUCACGAAGAGAAACAUACACGAAAAGAAAAACAUAUUCACAGAAAGGAAGAUGAUAGUGACGAUAUCUUAUAG